AGAAGAAUGAAUGGACUCUCUUUCCUUAUAGUGAUUCACUGAUUAAGGUUUGGUGAGUCGCUUAUGUAUACCGUUUGAUCCACCAUCAAUUCAAUUCUUUUAAACGCCCUGAUCGUGAUUGGAUUAUUGAUUAUUCGUUCUCAUGGCGGAUUUUAGAUUUUUAUUACAUUCGGGACGACGAGAACGUGGAGUUGCAUAAAUCAGAGCAAAUUCAUCCGAUGAACUGUGCAAAGUUGCAGACCUUUAGAAAAUAGAAACGAUUACGAAGAUGAUUAAUGGAGAGGGAACUCGGGAGAAUUCAUCGGAUGCCGCCUCUCCAGAUCUGUUUGAUGAGCUUCCGCCCUGGAUGGAUCAGAAUUUAGAAGCUGCUUCGCCAGCUUCAUCAGAGUAUUCUUCUUGUGGAGAGUCGGAAUUUGAGAGAUAUUGCAGUGCGAAUUCAGUUAUGGGGACAACGAGUUUGUGUAGUUCCCUUGGAACUUGUAAUGAGUUUCUUGAUUCUGAUUCGGGCUCCACGAGAAGUUUGGGGCACGGGGAGGAUCGUCUUUUGGAGAGUUUUGGUUUCGGAGGAAGGUUUGGGAGGAAUUCUAGGGACAGGGGGUGUGCCUCUUUGGGAGAUUUUGAUUGUUUACCAGAUGGAUCCAUUGAAAUUUGCAAAGGAAAAAUGGGUAUCGAGAAUGGGGUUUCCGUAGAAGGGAAGGUGUUAUCGAGGAACAAAAACCAAUCAAAGUCUUUGCUUACUUAUCAGGAAGGUGCCACGGAAGUAGGAGAUUUUUGUUCAGAAGUUAAGAAUGAAAAUUUAGCAAUGCUGAAGGUGGGCAGUGCAUCGAAAUYACUCAGGAACCUAGGUGCUGAUGCUUCAUCGAACACGGGUACCUCUAAUGGGAAUAAUAGUGAAGGUUUGGUUUUGUCAAAUGGUCCCAGUGAAGUGGGAUCCUUGCAAAGCUUUGCUGAAAAUAAUACCUCCAAACAGAUUAUUAGUGUGGAAAAUAAUGAGAACUUAAAUAAGUUCAGAAUUGUAAAUGAAUCACAUUCUUUGCUGGGAUCAAGUGAGGAAAUCUCAUCUUACCCUUCCCCUUGUGAAGAUAAUUCUACUGAGCAAAUCCACACUGACAUGGAUCAUUUCCACAGCUUAACUUCAGCAUUUGAUGUUCCAAUCGAUGAAAGGGAAAUUGACAGACUACCAGAAGAAGAGGACACCUCAUCCCGAUAUGAACCUUCAGAAGAUGAUAGUUCAAUGUUGGACUCUGGAACGGAUGACGAACAGAGUGCCAGUUGUAGAAGAAACUUACAAUUUAGGCAGGAAACCAAAACUGAGAAUGAAAAUCCAUUGCUUAUGAACUCAGCUGUGGCUUUUGGUUCAGAUGAUUGGGAUGASUUUACACAAGAAAUGAACCUUAUGAAUGAGAUCAAUUUAGUGCCUUUAUUGCCGGAUAGGCCUCAGGAACAACUGCAUCAAGAAACUGAAGGAAAUCUUUUAAAUUCCACUUUUCUUGGUGACAUUGGCUCUCCAAUUUUCGGUAGAUCACAGAUAGAAGAAAGUGUCAGAGAUAUAGCUAUGGCUAGUCAUCAAGUCGAAGAUAUGCAUGAGUCAACAGGGUAUGCAAAAUGCAAGAGUUCAACUCCAGCCAGGAAUGUCUUAACUUCUGAGAAGGAUCUUCCAUUGCAAAAGGCUCCAAUAGAAACAGGUUCAACUCUCAUGGAUGAUGGUGCAGAAAGGAAUCUUCAAUGUAUAAACAGUGGCGAAGUCAGCAGCCAUGAUGAGGUUGGAAUUUCAGAAAGUGUGUCGGUUGAGAAAUCAAAAAUUCAACUCCAACUGGCACCUCUUUCUGAUGCUUCUGUUAGCAAACUUUGUUCCACUGAAAAUGAAGCACCUCAAGGUAAAGAGGCAGGAUUUUUGGAAGACCAGCUGGACCUUCUUUUUGAUGUUUCAUAUAACCAACUUUGUUCCUCUUCAACUGAGGCACCUCAGGAGAAAGAUGCGGGAAUUUUGGAAGACCAUGAACCAAAUGCUCACUCCCCUAUGGUUGAUAUUAAUCAGGAAACCUGCCUAAAUAGAAUACUUGCAGAUUCUUCUAUUUCAAAAGAUCAGGUUGAAGACCAUCUGACAUCUGUUGAGGUUGGGCAUCUAGAGUCGAAUGAAUCCUAUGAUGAGGUUGUCCUUGAAAUGGAGGAAAUUUUACUAGACUCUGGUGAGUCUCCCGGGAGAAGGUUCACCAGUAGGUCGCCUCAGUCUUUUAGAGAUGGCAGCUCAACUGCUUCCACAUCUGGCACAAAUUUUGCAUACCCAUUAAUCCAGAACCCACUAAAAAUUGAUGCCAUUGAAGUAAUUGGUGCAAAACAAAAGAAGGGAGAAGUUUCACUUGGGGAAAGACUGGUAGGAGUGAAGGAAUAUACAGUGUAUCAGCUGAGAGUGUGGAGCGGUAAGGAUCAAUGGGAAGUUGAACGCCGAUACCGUGAUUUUUAUACUCUUUAUCGCCAGUUAAAAACUUUGUUUACUGAUCAGGGUUGGAGUCUUCCAGAGCCUUGGUCCUACGUUGAACGAGAGUCCAGAAAGAUAUUUGGGAAUGCUUCUCCCAGUGUUAUCAGUGAGAGGAGUACUCUUAUCCAAGAAUGUUUACGAUCUGUUCUGCACUAUGGGUUCUCAUCCAGUACAUUAGGUCCUUUGAUCUGGUUUUUAUCCCCUCAAAAAUCCCUUCCUAGUUCCCCAUUAAAUUCACCGGUGCUUCAAAAAACUUCAUUCACUAGAGAUACAAGUACAGAAAGAUUCUCCACUUUAGGGAAGACUAUAUCACUUCUUGUGGAAAACAUGCCUCGCAAGUCAAUGAAACAGUUGCUGGAAGCACAGCAUUAUACUUGUGCAGGAUGCCACAGGUACUUUGAUGAUGGGAAGAAUCUAUUGCGAGAAUUUGUACAAACCCUUGGGUGGGGAAAGCCUCGACUAUGUGAAUACACUGGUCAAUUGUUUUGUGCUUCUUGCCAUACAAAUGAAACUGCAGUCCUCCCAGCUAAAGUCUUGCAUUUCUGGGAUUUUACUCAAUAUCCAGUUUCUCAAUUCGCUAAAUCAUAUCUGGAGUCUAUAUAUGACCAGCCAAUGCUUUGCGUCAGUGCAGUCAAUCCUUUUCUGUUUUCAAAGGUCCCUGCCCUGCUCCAUAUUAUGGGUAUCAGAAAGAAAAUAGCAGCUAUGCUUCCAUAUGUUCACUGCCCAUUCCAGAGAUCAAUCCAUAGAGGACUGGGUUCUCGAAGAUAUCUUGUUGAAAGCAAUGAUUUUUUUGCACUCCGAGAUCUUGUUGACCUUUCCAAAGGGGCAUUUGCAGCACUCCCAGUCAUUGUAGAGUGUGUCUCCAAUAAGAUCUUAGAGCACAUUACAGAGCAAUGCCUCAUUUGUUGUGAUGCGGGUGUUCCCUGUGGUGCUCAACAAGCUUGUCAAGACCCAUCCUCCUUGAUAUUCCCCUUUCAGCAGGAAGGUGAGAUAGAAAGAUGCAGUUCUUGUGAAACAGCUUUCCAUAAAGUUUGCUUUAAAAAGCUUAAGAGAUGCCGAUGUGGUGCGUAUCUUGAAAUGGACAAAGGCGUUGAGCCCCUAGAAACAAUGCAGCAUGGGACCAGUGAUGAACUGGAUGGAGCUUUGGAUUUAUCAGCAAGGAAGUCUGGUCCCACAUCCCCGAUUGGCUUACUCUCUGGUCUGUUCUCAAAAGCUAAGCAAGAGAAGGCGUGGAGUCCUAAAAACAGUAACCCAGUCAUUCUCAUGGGUUCUUUACCAAGCACUUCUCUCUAAUCGUUUGAAAUUGCAAUAUACCUKUGUACCGUAUUGCUUAAUGUUUAGAUACCGUAAGUCCAAUGGAAACCAGGAGCCUAUUUGUUGCACUUAUGAUGUAGUUAGUGGAAUAAACAGAUGGCCAUUUUUUAUAUGUAGGGAAGGGAAAAUGUGGAGUACAGAUGCUUGUUAUUUUUCUGUUCUCUCUCUCUCUCUCUCUUGGUGAGGGGGCGUAUUUUUUUGUAACAAAAUGUAAUCCAAGUGAGAAACUAUUGGAAUGUGAGAUUUUUCUUUAUCUUUC